AUGAUGGAAUCGCUCUCGUGGUCGCAGGGGGCCGCGCGAUCGCCUCACAGGAAGACCCGACGCAGGGCACGCAACGACCGCAGCAAUGAGCUUGAGUUCUUGCGCAACAAAGUGCGCCAGAUGGAGGAGGAACUACGUGUUCUGCACUUGCAGCGCCUUAACAACUUGGUUCCUGCGACUCUCCCGUCAUCCCCCGCUGUGACUUUGGACUUCUCCAGCCAAAUGUUUGGCUUUCCUAUGUCAUCACCCGCAGCACCUCCUAUCUGGGACAUAGCUGCUCGCCAUCAGCGCCGGAGUGAGAGAGCUGCAAGUGAAAAUACCCGGUUGCACAUGGUGCUAGACACACAGGUUAGUCUUGCUCGAAGGUUGAAGUCUCAGCUGGGCAAGCGCAUUCGUGGCCAUCGUGGUCCGAGUUUUGUGUUGGAGACAGAGACAGCAGAGUCACUGCGAUACGGAUUGAACACGGCCUUAGAAGAGUUGGAUGCUGUGUUUGACACAAACGGUUUGGGUCGAUUGGAAACUCCGAGCACCGAAGCGAGAAUACGAGAGGCGGCGAGCGGCAUGUACUUGGAUAUCUACGUCGCUACGUUGCUACCCUUCGACUUCAUGACAACUGCCACUGCGGUAUGGAAUCACUACCGAGGUAUAGGACGCCGUCGUGGGAGCCUUAAUCAGAAUUCGACACUGGAUGACGAAUCUGAUACCGUCAUAGAAGAAGUUGCAGUGAAGUUUACAGGGAAGUCCACAAAUGCUGAUUUCCGCGUGAAGCAGGCAAUUCAGCGGCAUAUGGAGCCAGAUCGGCAAGUCGUGGUGUGGGUCUCCAAGGCGGAGGCGGUGGAACAGCAAAUGUCGGCGUACUCCAAGUUUGCGCUCGUCGACAAAGGUUACGUCGUCGUCAAGCGACCCGCGUUGCUCGAGCAAGGCCAAACCCCGUCCACGCUGCUACAAAUAUGCUGCCUCAUAUCGCAACAGAUGACGCGAGGCUGCGUACUGGAUCAUUAG